UAUAUAUAUACAUAUAUACAUAUAAAUAUAUCUAUACAACUCUAUUAAUAAUAUCAAUUUAAAAAAGAAAAGAAAAAAAAAAUGGAGCGUACCUUUAUUAUGGUUAAGCCUGAUGGCGUUCAACGUGGUCUUGUGGGAGAAAUUAUUAAGCGUUUUGAGCAACGUGGCUUUCAAUUAUUAGCAAUGGAAAUGAUGUAUCCUACACGCGAAUUACUUGAAGAACAUUACAGUGAACAUAAAGAUAAAUCAUUCUUCAAGGAUAUUAUUGAUUUUAUGCAUUCAGGUCCUGUCGUCGGCAUGGUCUGGUAUGGCCAUUCUGUUGUGAAGACAGCUCGUAAAAUGCUCGGUGAAACCAACCCUUUAAAUAGCGCACCUGGCACUAUUCGUGGUGAUUUUGGUAUUGUUACUGGACGUAAUAUCUGUCACGGUUCUGAUUCUGUUGAAUCAGCAGAACGAGAAAUUAAAUUAUGGUUCCCUAAAGGAGUUGCUAUUUAUGAUAAUAAAAACACACGCCAACAAUGGAUUUAUGAAAACUAAUAAUAAAUCUUUAUAAUAUAUUCAA